AUGAGGAUUUCUUCUUUGGCCCUUGUGGGGCUCAUCAGCACCUUGUUCUGUGAGGUACAAAGUUUUGUUCCAGGCCACUUGGCCCCUCAAACAAAGCCGACGGCGUUUGUAGUCAAAUCAACCCCAGUGAAAGAUGAUACGGAAACAGAAACAGCCAAGGCGUCUGCGAUGACGUCGGAAGAUGAAGCCGUGCUAUUUGGUGGACAGAGCUCCAGCAACUUUGACUAUCCGUCCCAACGAAUGAACCGUUCCGCAGGCGGACAACCUGACAAUUCUGUGCAGCUCAAUUCACUCGAUUAUGCCUCCGACCCACUCAUCAACAAGCUUCGAACCGUCCGAGACACCUUGACCAACUGUCCUGAACUCUGGGCCCAACUUGCCGAUCUAUGCCCUGAGCGCCGUGCCUUGCUGGAUGAACAUAUGUGCGACGAAAAGAUCGACCUCAACUUUAGCCAGAUGAACACUGUGGUCCAAAAGAGUGCCACUGUGUUUGCCGACUUGGGCAUUCAAAAAGGAAAAAACGUGGCUGUUCUGGGAGAAAACUCGGCUCGAUGGCUCAUGGUAGACCACGGAAUUCAAAUGGCAGGAGGAGCUUCGGCGGUCCGCGGUGCGGAUGCUCCCAUUGACGAAUUGCUCUACAUUUAUGAACAUUCGGACAGUGCCGGGGUAGCUGUUGUUCAGGGACCACGGCUCUUGCAGAAACUCAUCAAACAUGCCAAGGCAACCGGACUGGAGAACCUAGGACUGCAAAAUGACUCUUAUGGCCCAGUCAAGACGAUUCUUCUCAUGCACCGAGAGAAAAAGUCCGACGAAGACAUUGCCAAGCUUGCGGCAGAAGCGGGUGUGGAAAUCAAGGUUUUUGGUGAUUUGCUAGACGCAGCCUCUCCCCUUGACCCCAGUCGUCGCCCUUCUCUUGGACACAGUGACAUUGCAACCAUUGUGUACACUUCGGGCACCACUGGACGACCCAAGGGUGUUAUGCUUUUCUGGAAACUUUGA